AUGGGGUUUAUAGGGAUUCAAACUAUGUUUGGGUAUGUGGGACAGCAACGAUCGCUGAGGAAGUCGUGGAUGCCCACGGAUCAACAAGGACUGCAGCGCCUGGAAGAUGCUAUUGGUUCGACAUUCAUGUUUGUUAUUGGUAGGGCCAACAAUAAAGCAAAGAUGGCAAAGCUCAGAAAAGAGGUUGCACAAUAUGAUGAUUUCAUGUUAUUAGAUAUUGAGGAGUAUAGUAAGCUCCCAUACAAAAUGUUAGCUUUCUUCAAAGUUACCUAUGCACUUUUUGACUUUGAGUUAUUUGUUAAAGUUGAUGAUGACAGAUACUUGAAGCCAGAUUGCCUGUCACUGCUCUUGGCAGUUCACACUCUCAACUUACUUGAUGCAUGA